AAUAAUUUACUUUAUUUUCAGAACUAAAUUCUGAAAUGAUAAAUGGGUAUAAUGUGUUUCAGCAGCUUUGCAAAGAAGAGUUUAAGAAAAGAUAUCCAGAUGAACAGGUGCCUGGAGAGCUGACCCGGAAGUGUACGGAUAGAUGGAAGACGAUGUCGGAGCGGGAGAAGCGUUGGUUCAACCACGUGGCGGAUACAGAGAAGAAAAAAGCAAUCAUUAACAGUAGUCCGGUCGCGGAAAACAAAAGCCGAGCACGGAAACAGAAGAGACCCAAAGAUCCGAAUGCUCCAAAACGCGCGCUCUCAGGAUUUUUCUGGUUUUCUAACGAGGAGAGAGGCAAGGUUAAGGCCGCUAACCCAGAUUUUGGAGUAGGAGAAGUUGCGAAGGAGUUGGGUAAGAGGUGGGGAGAAUGUGAUGAAGCCUUCAAACAGAAAUAUGAAGAAAUGGCGGAGAGAGAUCGGGCGAGAUAUGACAAGGAGAAGCUAGCAUAUCAACUUAAGCAGAGGGAGGAUCUUAUUGGAACAGAGGACUUCGACGAGGAUAUGGAGUAGAUGAUGGAGGGAGUAAAGGAGAUGAUGGGCUGGAUGGAGGCGGAAUUUUUACACGAGAAUUCAUCUGAAAAUAGUUAUUGUUCGAAAGUACUCUUUUAAAAGUACUAGUCUCAAGUUUUUUUUUAUCGACUUAAAACUUUUUCGAUUAUUGUGUUUUGCAAUAUUUACAAUAUAUUUAUGGUUUCUAUAAUUAUGUGUUUACUUUUAAUGAUAAAAAAUUUCAGA